GCAGAUCUAAAGUUUUUAAGAUUAUCGGCAAGUUUGAACACAAAUUUGGUUCGUGAAAUCGAGUCACGAGACAUUUACGGUUCAAAUGUACAACACCAAUACGUUUUCACUCAUCUAACAAUGUCUUAUCCGACACUUUACAAUACCAUAAAGAAUAAUCGUUUUCUUCACCGUUACCUCAAACCCUUGGCCGAUUACUAUGCCAAUUUAUCAGGUUACAGGCAACUUGGGUUAAGGUAUGAUGACAUCAUAAUUGAGGAGAAUUCUACAGUUCAAGAAGCACUGAGAAGGUUGUCACCUCAAGAAACAGAUCUUAGGAAUAUACGCAUUCGUAAUGCAUAUCAACUAUCUUUAACUCAUAAAAUUUUGCCCAAAGAAAAAUGGACAAAACCCGAAGAGGACGUUAGGUUCCUUACUCCUAUUAUCGAGCAAGUUGCUUUUGAGGAAGCUGAGCGUGAAAGUUUUGAAGCGAUAAAAGUUGUCCGUAAAGCUAGCUAA